CCUUCACAUGAUCCACCACCACCACCACAUCACCCCGCAAGCAUCCACGUCCUGUUGUUGUUAUCUCGUGCAUGUGAAGGCGGCGUGGAGAGCGGCGAGCGCCCGGAACGCGUCGUUUCACACUCGGUGGUACUGAUACUGCCAGGCGCCUUCGAGAACCGCCCGUGCAUUCCUGGAGGGACCCUCCCGUCUCCAUCAUGGCGGAGUCGGAGCCAGAGGCACCUCGCACUGCCACCGCUCCAGCUUCCAGAGGCCUGCUGGCGCCUUCAUCUCCCCCUCCCCCUCCCCCGCACCCUCCGCUCGAUUCCAAGAGCAGCCCCAUCAUCAGGCCCCAGAGCAUCACCGCCUCUUCCAGCGCACCCUCAACCACGCCGACGCCCGCGCAAACGCCUCGUCUGGAGAACGUGUCACCGUCAGUGUCCAAGAGAUCGAGCUUCGCUGACAACCUCAACCUGCGCAACCAUCCCGUCUCGCCGCGCCAGCAUACCGCACGAACCCAUUCCUUCUCUGGCCCCGUCCUCACAGAACUCCUCAUGCAGCCUUCGCACAAGGCCCAUGGACGCGAUGAGCGCUUCAAGGGAAGAGAUUGGCGGACAAUACAGGUGCAGGAGAUUAUAGAGCCUGCAGAGGCGCGCUUCGUGGAGCUCGACAGUAGCAUUGAAGACACCACAAAGUUGCUGAUCCGAUCGGGAUCUCCCAAUGUUGUGCUCGUGCGCGAGUCCCGGAAGACAAAGACUGUGCUCAGUACAUUUGACUACUCUGACUUGAACGCUUAUCUACUGCUUGUGCUUGGACUGUCGCAACCUGAUGAGCUUGCCGCUAGGAUUGCAGACCGAGCGCGAAGAGGCGAAGUCAUCCCGCUAAAGGAUGUCACAGAUCAUCUCGGGCCACGAGAAGAACCAGUCUUUACCAUGCACACAGCUACUCUGCUACAGGCAAUGGAGCUUCUAGGCGCCGGUCACCACCGAGUCAUCGUUCAUAAGGAGGGUACAAGUGAAGCUGUGGGUGUAUUGACCCAGCUCCGUCUGGUGCAGUUCUUCUGGGAUAAUCACCAGAAUUUUACUGCUACAGAGAACCUAUACUCCAUGACGCUGAAAGAGCUGGAGCUCGGUGCCAAGGAGGUUCUCGCAAUCAACGGCGACAAGCCAGUAGCUGAUGCUCUCAGACUCAUGCACGCUGAAGGUAUUACCUCGUUGCCUGUGCUAGACAACCAUCGCAACGUGGUGGGAAACAUCAGUCAUGUCGACGUUCGCCUUCUGACUGACACCUCGGCAAUUCCACUACUUCACAGCAGCUGCAUACACUUCAUUGGAGUCAUCCUAUCCGAGCGAGGCAUGUUCGAUGGCAAAGACAGCUACCCAGUAUUCCACAUCACGCCCUUCUCAACCCUGGCACACACCGUAGCCAAGCUGUGCGCUACGCGCUCGCAUCGAAUGUGGGUUGUUGACGCACCAUCGCCAUCCACAAGUGUACCUCCCUCGCCUGGGAUGAAACAUGUCAUCCCAUCUUCUGCAAUGCACAGCUCUGGUCUCGAGCAUAACACGCCCAUCACGACCCCUGUCAGAGCUGGUGGAGGCACGGACAGCAUGACUCCAGGACCGCCAUACACGAGCACCAACCCCGCCAUUAGCAUUGGCGCUGCCCAAAUGCCGGGUGCAAGCAUGAGUGGCAGGUUAUCUGGUGUCGUGUCAUUGACAGAUAUCUUGAAUUUGUUCGCCAGAGCCAGUGGUCUCUCUCCUGGCGACCCCGAAGAGACUAGACGUCGACGCCGGCAGAGCAGCAGUUCAAGUGUGAGGCCCAGUAUGGAUAGUGUGAGACCCAGCAUGGACAGCGUAAGGCCAAGCGUAGAGGGCUUGAGGAUCAGCCAGAGUCGGGAGCGAGAAAUGUCCAGCAGUACAGAGAUGGGAAGAGCGGGCGAAGGAGGUAACGCAAGCAGGGAUCGCGUGGCCCGAUGAAAGCCUCAUGACAGGCGCCUGAUCUCUAUUAAAGAGGUUCGCGGCAUCAUUUGCAUGAGGGAAGAGAAUGAGAGCUGCCGCAUUGUUUGCGGACAUGGCAGCGAGCAUAGUCCCCUGGCGGGCUUAUAUGGAGUGUAAGCGUAGGCGCUGGCGGAGUUUGGUUUCAAAUUUGGUGACAGUCUCACCUUCAAACGUAAUGCUAGUAGUAUAUGAAGCAUUCGCC